AUGAUUGGUUCUCAUUUAGACAAUGUCCGUCAAGCCCGGACACAUUAUAUCAACACUAAACUGCUUAUCAAAUAUGAGUAUGUUACUAUUUCACAAUAUCAUUUAUUUUUUUUAUUGUUUUGUACAGAAGAAAAUGUUCAAUUGCUUGAUUUACCUGAUGAGUUAAUUUUAACUAUUAUGAAUAAAGUCAAACCUCAUGUGUUAUUGCUUUGUUCUAUUAUUACUAUUGGUAAUAAUCGUUUGGAACAACUUGCACUUGAUAAAUGUCAUUCAAUUGAUUUAACUUGUGAUUAUUUUCAAUCACCGUAUGAAUCACUUAUGAAACGGUUUUAUUCACAUGUUAUGCCUCGUAUUAUCAAUAAUAUUCAAUCACUGACACUCAACAUUGGACAUGUUCCCGGUAUUAUCAGUUUUGCUGACAAAUACUAUAAUGGAACUCUUCCAAAUUUGACGCAUUUGAAAAUAAUGUUUGAUAGACGAUGUCCUCAAACAGCCACUACUUAUGCAUCAGGUAUACUAUUAUCAAGUAUAUAUUUUUGUAAGCUAUGUCGAAAUACUACCGUACUUUAG